GUAUAUAUACACACACACACACACACACACCCUGUAUACACUUUAUAAACAUUACAUAGUGUAUCUAUGCAGUACCAGUCAAAAGUUUGGAUAAACCUACUCAUUCAAUGGUGUUUCUUUAUUGUUCUUAUUUUCCACAAUGUAGAAUAAUGGUGAAGACAUUAAAACUAUAUAUUAACACAAAUGGAAGUCAUCUAGUUACCAAAAGUGUUAAACAGAUCAGCAUAUAGUUUUGAUCCCUCACGCUCUUGGCAUUCUUUCAAUCAGCUUCAUGAGGUAGAGUGUAUAUACAGUAGGGCCUACAGUAUACACUUCUGGGAGUACGUGGACGUGUGUAUUUGGAUAGUGUCUGAGCAAUCAACUCUUUAAGUUGUUAAACGUAAAUCAAGCACAGUCCGUGUCCUACGAUAAAAAAAAAAAAGCUUGGUGAUUCAGAUUAACAUAUUUCAAACAACUACAAUGACUAGAGUGUGAAUGGUUAACAAAUCACUUCUGUUUACUGUGUCCACACCUGUAUACAGACUGAUAACCAGCCUACAUACACAGUGACAGUACUCGGAGGCAUGGACAGCAAUUUCAACACAUCUCAACCGACCAUGAACAAAACUGUAGGGAACAGUUCCGAUCUGUCCACUUGUCGAUUGAUGGAGGUCUCCGGACACCCGUUCUUUACUGUAACCUACUCCAUGGUCUUCCUGGUUGGCCUGGUUCUCAACAGUUUCACGGUGCGUGUCUACUUCUGCAGAGCCAAACGUCCCCAUUCUAGCGUGACAGUGUACCUGCAGAACCUGGCUGCGUCCGACUUCUUCCUCAGUCUCUGUCUGCCGCUUCGAAUCGCUAACUACGCAAACCCCAACUCUACUCUUGUCCGCCACGUCUACUGCAAUUUCGGAGCAACGGCCUUUUACCUCAACAUGUACGCCAGUAUUCUGUUCAUGGAUUACAUCGCAGCCAACAGGUACCUGAAGAUAGUCCGUCCUCUGGAGACACACGCCCUGCAAAGAGUGAGGGCCGCCCGCUACAUCUCCAUGGCAACCUGGGCCACUCUCUUCACCGUCUCAUCAAUAUACCUGAUUAUUUCCCUCAACACCACUUGGGGAACCAAACCCAACUCUGAAGCCAUGGGGUGUGAUGCCUUUCACACCAGCAACCUCCGACUGCUCUACAAGAUCGUCCACAGUUUUUCGGCCGCCAUCUUUUUCUUCGUUCUGGUUUCCCUCCUCUUACUCUACUGCAGCACUGUCCGCAAGCUGCGGGGGGCACAGAAACGGCAGAUCUCCUGUGGAACCAGCAAAAUGCUCAGCCGCUCCAAGAGAAACAUGCUUGUCCUGGUGGCUGUGUUCUGCGUGUGCUUCGUACCAUACCACCUGGUGCGCCUGCCCUACGCCUAUCUCCGGUCCCACCUACACAAUUGUGCCUUGCAGCAGGCCUUCUACUACCUUAAGGAGUUGACCGUGCUGCUGUCCGUCCUCAAUGCUUGCCUGGACCCGCUCAUCUACUUCAUCUUCUGUAAGGCCUUUAGAUCUCAGCUGGGCUUGAAGAGGGGUCUAAGUGUGACGACAACACAUGCCGUCAGUACAACUCCGCGUCUGGAAGGUAGGAGAAUCAACCUGAGGAAAACCAUUACCCUGCCAGGCACCCCAACAAGGACUUCAUUUAAUAUGUUGAGACGGGCAACCAUCACGUAGGACGCAAUGCACCGCCCUUCAGAAUCUGUAGAAAACGGCUAUUGUAAAGGAACUACUGCAUGUAAAUAUAAUGCACUGUAAAAUACAGAUCCAAAAUGUUAGGCCCAGAUGAACUAGAGUACCAACAGACUUAAGCCAAAUAGAUAUGAUCCUUUUUUAAUAUAGGGGCUUGGACACAAAUAGACUUCAGAACAAUCAGAUGUUAACCUAAAUGGAUCAGAGGACAACUUAUUUCAGUUACAAAAGAAAAACAUGUUUUAUCAGCCAUAUUCAUCUUUUGGUUAAGAAAUAGGUAUUUGGACCAAUAGGUAUUUGCUCCUUGUUAGCUUAAAAUAAAUAUGCUAUUCAGAGCAAUGGUCAGGUUUAUUAGCUGUAGUUACAUAGACCCAAAUGACAAUCAAACAGUACCCAACUCAUAAGUGAGGGACAGGUUUAAAUUUCAGACCUGAAGCAGGAUCUUGGCUGUAUUGAGUCCAUGUUAUUUUACUGAAGUAUUUGCUCCUCUUAAAUAAUAUCUGUCCCUGUUAAAGAAUCAAUCCAGGCAUUUUAAUUUAUCUAAACAACUAGUUUAGAACAUUCUCUGAAAGUAUUAUGACAUUUUGACACAUGGUUUCUUUCAAUAGUGUUUAUCAAUAAGUUAUUUAAAAUUACAAUAUAUUACUGAAGCCAGAAUUUGUUUCCAGGAAACUAAUUUCAAGUAAUUCCCAGCUGAGGAUGUCAAUACCAUCCAAGGAUAACAUUUUCUAUAAUGACAAAUGUUUAAUUUACAGUUGACUCCUGCCCAUUUAAAAUACUGAAAAUACAUUAAUAAAACAUAAGGACAUCAGGUGCAUUUCUAACCAAUGGAAAGCAUAUAAAAUUCAUUUGAAUGGACACCCAAACAGUGCUCUGAUAUUUCUCAAAUGCUGAAGUCUCACAAAAGAAAUUACCUUGAUUUUGAAUUUAAAUGAAAUUCUAAAUGAAACCACAGUUAGUUCCCUUGUCAUGAUGUUUUGUUCGCUACUUGUUAUAACUGCUAACCUGUUUGCAAAUAAUCUGAAAGUUUACUAAUGUUUUAGUUGGUCUUAUAACUUUUUUAUAUUGAAAUGGGUAUUUUAUAUUGACACUUUAAAGACACGCCAUGGAGAUUCUCAAACUCCACCAGCAUUAACAGUAUGCCUUCUCAGUUUUGAUAUCUGUUUAUCAUGAUUUAUCAUGCCUUAUGACAGACAAUUUGUGUUGUAUAUUUAUAUAUCUACUACCGUUCAAAGGCUGAGGGUCACUUAGAAAUGGCCUUGUUUUCGAAAGA